AUGUCGCGCGCGUCCAAGGUCUUUUUCGCCUCAGCGGUCGGCUUCAUGGGCGCAACGAUCUACGGCGUGCACUGGCUGCAGCAGCGCGAGUCGGAGCAAAUGUACCAGGGCGUGAUCCGCGACGAGGAGCGGGUGCGCGAGAAAGCGCUCAAGCGCGUGCAGCAGCCAGCUGCAGUCGUCGACGACGAUUGUGUGACGUGCGUCAUCUCGCCCCCGCCCCAGCUACUCGAGGCGCAGACCGCCGAGCAGCGCGCCAAGGAGCGGCAAGGGCGCUUGGCGGAGUACGAGGCACAGAAGGGCCUCGCGAGGAGACUGUCCAUGGAGAGGGACUCUCCGGCGGUGCCUGCACCAGUGGCUAGCGAGCGACUGGUGUAG